CAACUACGAGCGGACAAGCCAUCUGCGGACAGUCAGAUCUGACACUUGACUAAUAGAUGUCGAGUGAACGCUCAGUAAGGCAGUCAGCGUGUGAUCUCCAGAUCGACAUACACCGGACGAAGGCUGCAGCUUCUGUACACUGCCAGAACCAGAAUCUGCAUCUGCGACUGUAAUCAGCCAGAAGCUAAUUCUCCUUCGUGGAGGACAUCUGUACCUUGAUUGGGUCACUCCUUCACUCACUCGCUCAUACUGACAUAUAGAGAGAGGCAACUGAAGAACCAAGAAUUGCAGUGGCGAGGACAUAAUUUGAACAAAGGUUGUCCAGAUUUUAGACAGGAGGAUCAGAAGUAGAAUGAAUGUCAGCCUUGAGGCGGUGAAGCUGUUUCCACGCAGCUGACUAAAGGUUGCGGACAAGAGCGUCGUUGGGCUGCUUGGGAGUGCGCACAAGGGUUGGUGGUGGGUGGGAUCUGCAGGAGAUAGUAGAGAUUAGUCAUGGGGAACUGCGCACCGAUGAAACCAGCGGGGAGGUUGGUGCAUCCGGAUGGAAAAGUGGAGCAUUUCACGAGACCCAUGCAGGUUACUCAGGUGAUGAUGCAAAAUCCUCAGUACUACGUGGGGCCACCUGCAGUUCAACAAUCGCCGAAAGCCAUUCUGGCUGGGGAUGAAUUCAUACAACCAGGGCAGCUCUACUACCUAGUGCCCGCUUAUCUGAUUCCCCCUGAGAUGUUCCGAUGGCAGAAGAACUAUGAUGACGGCCGUUCGGGUCAAAAGUCGCGCAGCUCUAAAUCCAAGAUCCAUGCUCUAAAAGGAUUAAGGUGAUAAUGUGCGUUCACUCACUGCAUCAAUGGAGCAAGUUUGAGGCACACAUGGGUGCUGCUUUCUGUCACAAGCAGUGGAGGUAUAACUCAAGACCUGGAGAAAACUUCGAAGUGGGGAAUUUCCAUCUCCAUCUCCGCUGGCUGGCUGGCUGGCUGGGUCUCAUGUAAGACUGAUCCUGUCCGGCCUAGUUGGAGAUGAGUGACUCCAACAUCUAUGUCGUUACUGGGACCUCGUUGGCCAUAGUCUGGUGAGCAAGACACAAGUUUGCACCCUGAGACUUGGUAGGUAACGGAAUGUAGUCAUCUCCAUAUCCGAUUAGAAGGAACUGAUUAUAUCCCAUUCUGAUCCAUUCACUGACUUUAUUAAAGUUACGGUCCAUUUUUGACCUGAUAUCUGAAUCGGAGUAGCUCCACAAAGCAGAAUCAGUGAAAACCCUCACUCAAGCCAAAGUUUAGAUUCUGCUUCUUAGAGGCGCAUUCCGUUUUCUUCCCUGGGUUUCAACAUGUACAUCAACGUAGGCCAAUACCAUCAGCAGCAUAUAUUCACAUAUGCGUGUAUACUACUAGUUCGUUCAUUCAAUUGUAAAGCUGCACAGAGCACAAGUUGACGACUUGCAGAAUCAAAUCUCUUCACAAUAAUCUAGACCGCUUGGAACUGAGUAGCUCACGGCUCACGAUAUCCUGUCCAAUGGCAUGUCAUGGAGUGGCUUAACGACCGUAUCUGGCGCGUAGAUGCCCAGGCGAGAACUGGAUAUCCCCACCUCUCAUCUUGCCCUCCUUGCUCAAAGCACAAUGAACCCAAACAAAGUGAAAUCACA